UUUCAUUGUUUCACAGUUCAAAGGGUUUACACGUGAAACACGUGAGAUAUAAACAGAUGUUUAGUGUUUAUUUACACAGAUGUAGCUGAAACUGGACAACAGCAUGUCAACAAAGAAACUGGCCAGGGAGCUGGGGCUCAUCAGGAAGCGCACUCCAUCCUCCAGCUCACUUACACACGCGUCGUCGGCUUCAAAUCAGCUGUUUCCAUAUCUAAUCGUCAUUGACUUUGAGUCGACCUGCUGGAGGGAGAAGAACAGCCAUGGACAGGAGAUCAUCGAGUUCCCUGCUGUUCUGAUGAACACACACACCGGAGAGCUGGAGUCUGAGUUCCACUCGUACGUCCAGCCACAGGAACACCCGCUGCUCUCCUCCUUCUGUACAGAGCUCACCGGCAUUACACAGGAGCAGGUGGAGGCGGGGCUUCCUCUGCAGAUCUGUCUGUCCAGGUUUACACGCUGGCUUCACACACUGCAGCAGGACAGGGGCGUGGUGUUCCCCAGAGAUCACACACACACACACACCACUGCUGCUGCUGGCGCGGGGAAACCCUGUGCCUUCCUCACCUGGUCAGAUUGGGACCUCGGUGUGUGUUUGCAGUACGAGUGUAAACGAAAGCAGAUCACCAAACCUGAAGUCCUGAAUAGCUGGAUCGAUCUUCGAGCUACAUACAGGAUUUUCUACAACCGUAAACCCAAAGGUCUUAAUGGAGCUCUGCAGGACCUGGGCAUCGAGUUCUCCGGGAGAGAGCACUCUGGUCUAGACGACGCCCGGAACACGGCUCGGUUGGCCUGGCGUAUGAUCAGAGACGGCUGUGUGAUGAAAAUAACCAAAUCUGUGAGCAGGGCGCCGCUGAAGUCGGGAGUGCCGCUGCGAGGUGUGUGUGCUGGCAAAGGUGUGUGUAACAAAGGGAAAGAGAAGCAGCUGACACACACCGCUGAUACACACACCGCUGAUACACACACCGCUGAUGCACACACAGGGUUACAGGCUGCGACAUCAUCACACUCGAGUGUGUGUCAGAGUCUGGUGUCACUCCGCACCGUCCUGUCCUCCAUCACCACCCCUUUGCACACACUCACCGUCACACACACGUCUCACCUGGACGCGACCUCCACACACACCUUAAACCCGGACGUGACCUCCACACACACCUUAGACCCGGACGCGACCUCCACACACACCUUGCGCCCGGAUGUGACCUCCACACACACCUUGCGCCUGGACACGUCUGAUUGGUCAGAGGAGUUUUUGGUGACGGAAUUCGGGGAGUCUGGUUCCUAUGACGACGUGCUAUUGGAGGACUUCUCUGAAAACAUUCCCUCAAACUCCGCCUCUCCUGUGUGUAGGGAAAAGCCACACCCACUUAACCCCAACCCGCCUCGUUCAGUUAAAGACCCAAUCAGAUCUCUGAAAGGACUUGACACAAAAGCUCCGCCCACAAUCCCUUUCUCCAUCUACACUGACCAAUCACAUCAGUCCUCCUCCUCCUCCUCUUCUGCAGUGUUCCGUGUUCCUUCCUCUGUUCUGUCAUCACUGACCAACCAAUCAUCUCGGCUCAGUGUUUCUGUUAACCAAUCAGGUUCCUCCUCUGUGUCUAAAAGCCAAUCGAGGCUGUCCUCAUGUCAUCCUGUCUCUCUCAACCAAUCAGCUCGCUCCUGUAUCUCUGAGAACAGAUCCACUCACUCGUCCUUUACUAUCAACCAAAACCGCCCUUCAUGCUCCGUUAACCAAUCAUCACUCUUCUCCUCCUCUAAGCAGUUGUCCCACCCACCUCCAGGGGGCGGGGCUAAGGUCACACCCAGUUUCCCCAAGAAAUCAGCUCUUUCCUCCUUUCCCAUCAACCAAUCAUGUCUUUCUACACUGUCUGUCAACCAAUCAGGUUUCUCCACUUCCUCCUGUAAGCGGUUGCCCCUCCCACCUGUGCGGGGCGGGGCUAAGAUCACCUCUCCACUGUGUGAUUGUGGCCGGCGGUCGAGGAGGUUGACGGUGUGUAACGGUGGACCGAAUCAAGGCCGUGCCUUCUAUGCCUGUGCAGGGAGGAGGAGCUCAGGCCCUGCAUCUCGUAACUCCACCCACACAGGCUCCGCCCCUCAUAACAGUGGGUGUGGCUUCUUUAAGUGGGAGGCAGCUCUCAUUAAAUCUUCAGCUGUGAGCAGGAACACUUCAGUGCUGAGCUUCAACCCAAGUACAGCCGGUUCCAGGAACUUUAGAUGAUGAUCUGUCUCACUACAACUCCCAACCUGUCUCACUCUCAGCCUCUCUCCAUCUAAACCUGUCUUACACUCCCAACCUGUCUCACUCUCAGCCUCUCUCCAUCUAAACCUGUCUUACACUCCCAACCUGUCUCACUCUCAGCCUCUCUCCAUCUAAAACUGUCUCACACUCCCAACCUGUCUCACUCUCAGCCUCUCCCCAUCUAAACCUGUCUUACACUCCCAACCUGUCUCACUCUCAGCCUCUCUCCAUCUAAAACUGUCUCACACUCCCAACCUGUCUCACUCUCAGCCUCUCCCCAUCUAAAACUGUCUCACACUCCCAACCUGUCACACUCUCAGCCUCUCCCCAUCUAAAACUGUCUCACACUCCCAACCUGUCACACUCUCAGCCUCUCCCCAUCUAAAACUGUCUUACACUCCCAACCUGUCUCACUCUC